CGCUAAGAGAAAAUGUGAUCAAUUUCUCUCCUGGUUUAUUGCUAUUGGUAAUCUCUAACCCAAAUUGCCCUCUGUUGCAGUUUGUGUAUCAGCUAUUUGGAGUGGAUUAAUGUGAGUCACUGGUGGUGGCAAGUGUUCAAAUCAAUGUUUAUUAAUGGUUUCUUUAAGUGUUUAAAGAUUAAGUCAUUAACAUAUUGAUGAACUUUUCCCAAGUUGCCCAAGGAGAAAUGAGCCUUUUAGUGGGGUGGCUGAAACCAAGCCAGUUUCAACACUGAGGUGGAGAGUCAAUGUUUUAGCACUUUGUUUUAGUACUUUCGUUUUUUUACAUUAGUAUUGUUUCUGGGGAUUUUGUCAGUUUUUGUUAUUUUUUUGAAUUCUGUACUGCAGACUGAACAUAGUUAACAAUGAUCACAAAGAUUUCAUCUGUUUUAGAAUUGACUCAUUGCGGAUGAUGUGUAGCUUUUAGACUCCAUAUCCAUUUACCUUUUGGUAAGAAAGUACCUUGGGUUUAUCUAUUGUCAUAGCGUCUGAGAUUAUUGGGAUAACCCUGUUACGUUGAAUCAACGCCUCCUGUGUGCCUUUUAAUCCAAAAGCCAUUUAAUCCCGACGACGGUGCCUGCGCUCCCAGCAAUACCGUCAGUCAGGGUACACUCACUCACUCACCGCAGAUUGAUUUUGCCAUUCGACGACGACCCGCCACAGCCCUUUGGCUCACCAUGGUAAUUCCCUCUGGCACCUGAUAAGUUGAGAGAAUUAUUUCUCCAAAGCACCACUGGGUUCGAUUUGGAAAAUUGGUGCAUUGAUUUAAACUCCUUAUUUGCAGUUAGCGUAUGUCUCCAGCAUUUGUGUGCGCAACUUAUGGUCAUCUCGAUUUCAAGAACAUUUCUUCAUGUGGAUAUUUUUGAUGUACGGGAUCUUCUUGGCUUGACUGCAAAUAACGGAAAUAAGAAAACGGAUCUCAAACGCAAGGAUUUCAUCAAGGGACUACAACACCGGGGGAAUCGAACUGUUUCGCACGGACGUUGGUUUCCCCGUGUCCGUUUCUAGCAUGAUGUCAUACCUAAAACAGGCCCCAUACGGAAUGAACGGAAUGGGGCUCAGCGGUACGGCUAUGGACCUCCUGCACCCAUCCGUGGGGUAUCCUGAUCGAAAUGGCUUCGAAGAGUUUCCAUUGACAGGUUUCUAUUCCAUUUCAGCGCAUCCGAGGAAACAGCGGAGAGAAAGGACAACUUUUACGCGCACUCAGCUGGACAUUCUGGAGUCCCUCUUUGGCAAGACGCGCUACCCAGACAUUUUCAUGCGAGAAGAGGUUGCACUGAAAAUAAAUUUGCCAGAGUCUAGAGUUCAGGUGUGGUUCAAGAACCGGCGAGCUAAGUGCCGCCAGCAGGCCCAGAGCGGAAAUAGUGCCAAAGUCCGUCCCGCCAAAAAGAAGUCUUCUCCAACCAGGGAAAGUACAGGCUCGGAGAGCAGCGGCCAGUUUACCCCUCCGGCAGUGUCCAGCGCCGGUGCCUCUUCCUCCUCUUCAUCCGCCUCAUCUUGUGUCUCCCACCCCUCCGGACACGGGGGCCCGGGUCUGAGCAGCACUUCUACUUCGGUCACCGCCCCGGUGUCGUCCAUCUGGAGCCCGGCACCGAUCUCCCCGGCCCCCGCGCCGUCGGCAGUCCCAGACCCCGCUCCUCCCGCCAGCGCCUCCUGCAUGCAGAGGUCGGUGUCGGGCACUGGAGGCACGCCCUCCUACCCGGUGUCCUACAGCCAGACGGCGGCGGCCUACGGGCAGGGGUAUCCGGCCUCGGCGGCGGCGGGAUCCUACUUCGGAGGGGUGGAGUGCAGCUCGUACCUGUCCCCCAUGCACUCCCACCACCACCCCCACCACCCGCACCAGCUCGGCCCCAUGACCAGCUCCUCCAUGUCCGGCCACCCGCACCACCACAUAGGUCAGACGUCAGGGCACCACCACCACCACCACCCCCACCCCCACCAGGCCUACAGUGGGGCCGGUCUGGCCUUCAACUCCUCAGACUGUCUGGAUUACAAAGAACAAACGGCCUCCUCGUGGAAACUCAACUUCAACACCGCCGACUGCUUGGACUACAAAGACCAGGCGUCCUCCUGGCGGUUCCAAGUCUUGUGACUCCGCCCUCCCCUUUUCAAAGAGUUUUUUUUUUGUUUUGUUUUGUUAACGUUUUUUUUCUUCGUUUUUUCUUCGAAGCAUUGACAAGUUAACUAACAGUAGAGACGAUGAUCAAACUUUUUUUAAGUUAAUGUUUGGAAAAUUAUAUUAAUGCACAGAUUAAAAAAACUGUCCAGGGGGCUUCUUCUUUGACCAUUUUAUGAACCUGCUUAGAACAAGCUUGUAUUGGAUCCAUUCACCCAAUUCUUUGGGAUAUCAAGGAAUAUUUUUCUACACAUGAACUCCAACAAGCUAAGAGUAUGUAGUUUUGAGUCAAAAUUCCAGGAUGGAACCAGAUCCGUGUUAUGGAUUUUCCUUAAAUAUUCCCGAUUACAACCAAUUGAGGAAAAACACUCGUCAUGGGAUUUGUUUGAAGGAAAACAAUAUUGUGUUUGAUUUAUAUGUAUUUGAUAUAGCCCUACCAAUUAGACAUCAUUUAAAUACAAAAUUGAAGAUGCUGCUAUCGUUUUCAAUUUGCUCAUAUUCAAAUGUUAAUUCCAACUUGAAUAUUGUCCAUUGUCUGGACAUUAGUGUUGUAUUUUGGUUAAAUUGCAGCACUUGUUUAUAAGGUCCAUGAUUUUGCUAUUGUUCUUAAAUGGAAAAUGUGAAAUAGACACGCAAUGUCAGUAUUCCAAUGAAAUUUUAAAUGUACAUUCGUGUCUUUAUAAUAAAGAUUCUUAAAAAAU